AUGGCGAACAAUCACGACGUCGUCUACAUGGCUCCUCCACCUGCUGGUAGGCUCCGGUUUGAUGGCAGUCCAACACGUCAAUCCGCAAUGGGCCUUGUCAGUAUUGUGACAACGGUGAUAGCCUUUGCAGUGGUAGCACUUCGUAUCCUGACCAGGAAGUAUAUUGUGAAAAUGCCUAUGCGGGUAGACGAUUCAAGUUAUUUCGCAGUGGCAGCAGUAAUCGCCUCAAUUCUCUUGGUAAUAAGCAACGCUAUACAGCGAGACGUCGGAAUUGGUUUGCACAUUUGGAAUGUUCUGUACAAUGAUUUCACUCAAAGACUGCAAGCUUGGACAAUCGUCGCUACAUCCUUCUAUUGCCUUGCAAUCACCUUUGCGAAAUUAAGCCUGCUCGUUCUGUACCUGCAGUUGUCACCCGUCAAAUCGUUCCCCAUAUCGGUCUGGGUCCUCAUCGUCUUCGUUUGCGGGUACUCGCUGGCAUAUAUCUUGGUUAUGGUUUUCCGAUGUCGACCUGUGGCCGCCGCCUGGGAUAUGACAAUCACCGGAGCGGAGUGCUAUUCGCAGGUUACCGUGAUGCUGGUUUUGAGUAUUGCAAAUAUCCUGGUGGACGCAGCCCUCUUCAUUCUGCCACUCCCAGUCAUAGUGCCUCUACAGAUGAGGGUCGAGAAGAAGGUAUCCCUGAUACUUCUCUUUGCAACCGGUGGACUAGUCUGUGCUGCGGCCAUCACUAGAACCGUGAUAAUGUUUGCGGGAGUUAUGCAGUCUGCCGACUACACUUGGGACAUCAUCCCAACCUACUACUGGUGCUACAUCGAGGCGCAGCUCGGCAAGGCGACACUUGGGGUUGGAAUCCCGUGUUUCAACUACUACGUCGAUCUCAGCCGGCAAACGGGCUCCCCGGUCUUCACCAUGUCACUCCCGGGCCAGAAGAUGCACGUCGUGACGAGGCCGGAACUCAUCCAGACGGUGCAGAAGCAGCACAGGGUCCUCGCGUUCCCACCCAUCGAGGCCAAGUUCGCGUCUACGGUCUGCGGGGCCAGCCGCGAGGCCCAGGAUAUCCUGGCCAAGAACGUCAACGGCGACGAGGGCGAUUUUGGCCUGUCGAUGGAGUCUUGUGCUGCGAUGCGGACCGCACUCAAGCCUGGCCCGCUGCUUGACGACAUGAACCGAGCCAUGAUGGGGGAAAUCGCAAAGUCGCUGGAUCUGCUGGAGCCGGCCCGGGGAGAGUCCCGGGUGAUCGGCAUGUACUCCUGGCUGAGGGACGCUAUCACAACUGCGACAACGAGGUCGGUCUACGGUCCGUUGAACCCGUAUGAUGAUAAAGAGGUCGCCGAUUCUUUCUGGGAAUUUGAAAGCGGUCUGAUGUCAAUCCUGGUUGGAUCUCUCCCAUCCAUCACCGCUAGGAAGCCUGUUGCCGCGCGGGCCAAGGUCGCCAAGGCCUUCGAGGCAUACUAUAAGGCUGGAGGAGUGCAGAAGGCGUCGGCUCUCGCGCAGAUGCGAUACCAAUCGGAGGCCGAUAGCGACCUUUCCCUGGAAGACAUAGCUCGCUACGAGGUCGGAGGCUCAAUCGCCAUCCUAGUGAACACGGCACCGUCAGCCUUCUGGACUCUCCUCCUGCUCCACUCCCAUCCUGGUCUCCUCGAAGACAUCCGCGGCGAGAUCGAUGCCUGCACCGUAACAACCACACAGGGUGGAUCAACCGUCAAGACCAUCGAUAUAACCACCCUCAAGGAAGCCUGUCCUCUUCUGCUGUCCGCGUAUCAGGAAGUUCUUCGCUACUCUUCCAUGGGCACAUCUGUACGCGAGGUCAUGGAAGACACCUACCUCGACCGAUGGCUACUGAAGAAGGGUGCUAUGCUGCAGAUGCCCAGCCGUAUCAUCCACCAGGAUCCCAGCCUCUGGGGCGCCGACGUCGCUGAGUUCAACCCGCGCAGGUUCCUCCCCGAGGAGAAGCAGAACCGUCCGCGCGAUGUCUGCUUCCGGGCUUUUGGUGGAGGCAAGACCCUGUGCCCUGGCCGGCAUUUCGCAACAAACGAGGUCCUCGCCGUCGUCGCCGUCUUCAUCGCUAGGCUGGACAUGAGGCCCGUUGGGGGAGAUUGGAAAUUUCCGACCACGGCCAACACCAACGUUGCCGCAGUUAUUGUGGAGCCGGAUAAUGACAUCCAGGUCGAGAUCAAGACUCGGCAUGGUUUCGAGGAUGUCAAGUGGGCUAUCAAACUUGAAAAAUCAGAGGUCUUUGCCAUGGUGACAGAAGAUGGUUUGGAUGGAGAGGGGUCGUGA